AUGGGUCUACAGGCGGUCCUUGGGCUGCUUCUGCUGCAGUCUUUCCUUCUUACCUGCCAAGGUGAACUGGCCUACCUGACCACAUGGGAUGGGUGGAGCUUUUACAAGGUCAAGGCCGUCGGCAACAUGACCAACACGAAUGUCAAGGCCACGUGUGAGGGGGCGGGGAUGCGGUACCCGUGCUUCUACACGGGGCACGGCAGGUGCACCCACUGGUGGACGUCUGACUGCAUCGCGUUUAAUCACGACGAGCUUGACUGCCGCACUCCGCUGGUGCUGUCUACCAAGAUGUGCUUCACCAUCUUCCCGCACAACUGCGAGCGGCUGGACGACAUGUUUGUGUACAUGCCCAUGUGGCACGGUGACGACACAUCCUGGGGAGUGGACUACGACACGACUAGCUGGGCUCUGAUAGGGGCUCACUACAGCGACAAGUAUGCCUUGUGUGCAGUGGAGUCCCCCAACGUCAUCACAGGCUAA